UCCAGAAGUUUCUCGGGACGGGCGGGAGGAGGGGACCGCCAUAUAUAGAGCCGGGGAGCCGCGAGCGGCGGAGAGGGGAUCCGUCCGCGGUUCGCGAGGGGCUCUCGUCCGGCCCAGCCCUCACAGGUCCUCCGUGGUGCCUCCAAUCCGUCUCCCAGCCAUGCGCUUCCUCCUGCUUCUCAACACCUGCUGCCUCCUGGCCGUGGCCCUGGCGGCCGAGGUGAAGAAGCCCGCGGCUGCAGCGGCCCCCGGCUCUGCCGAGAAGCUGAGCCCCAAAGCGGCCACGCUGGCCGAGCGCAGCGCCGGCUUGGCCUUCAGCCUGUACCAGGCCAUGGCCAAGGACCAGGCGGUGGAGAACAUCCUGCUGUCACCCGUGGUAGUGGCCUCGUCCCUGGGGCUCGUGUCGCUGGGGGGCAAGGCCACCACGGCAUCCCAGGCCAAGGCGGUGCUGAGCGCGGAGCAGCUGCGCGACGAGGAGGUGCACGCGGGCCUGGGCGAGCUGCUGCGAUCGCUCAGCAACAGCACCGCGCGCAACGUGACGUGGAAGCUGGGCAGCCGCCUGUACGGGCCCAGCUCCGUCAGCUUCGCCGAGGACUUCGUGCGCAGCAGCAAGCAGCACUACAACUGCGAGCACUCCAAGAUCAACUUCCGCGACAAGCGCAGCGCCCUGCAGUCCAUCAAUGAGUGGGCGGCGCAGACCACCGACGGCAAGCUGCCCGAGGUCACCAAGGACGUGGAGCGCACGGAUGGCGCGCUGCUGGUCAAUGCCAUGUUCUUCAAACCACACUGGGACGAGAAGUUCCACCACAAGAUGGUGGAUAACCGAGGCUUCAUGGUAACCCGUUCCUAUACCGUGGGUGUCACGAUGAUGCACCGCACAGGCCUCUACAACUACUACGAUGAUGAGAAAGAGAAGCUGCAGAUUGUGGAGAUGCCCCUGGCCCACAAGCUCUCCAGCCUCAUCAUCCUCAUGCCGCACCACGUGGAGCCCCUUGAGCGCCUUGAGAAGCUGCUGACCAAGGAGCAGCUGAAGAUCUGGAUGGGGAAGAUGCAGAAAAAGGCUGUUGCCAUCUCCCUGCCCAAGGGUGUGGUGGAGGUGACCCACGACCUACAGAAACACCUGGCUGGGCUGGGUCUGACGGAGGCCAUUGACAAGAACAAGGCAGACCUGUCACGCAUGUCAGGCAAGAAGGACCUGUACCUGGCCAGUGUGUUCCACGCCACCGCCUUCGAGUGGGACACGGAGGGCAACCCCUUCGACCAGGAUAUCUACGGGCGCGAGGAGCUGCGCAGCCCCAAGCUCUUCUAUGCUGACCACCCCUUCAUCUUCCUGGUUCGAGACACCCAGAGUGGCUCCCUGCUAUUCAUUGGGCGCCUGGUCCGGCCCAAGGGUGACAAGAUGCGAGAUGAGCUGUAGGGCCCCAGGGUCACGGGAUGGCAGGAAGCAGCCGAAGGCUCCUGAGACACAUGGGUGCUAUGGGGGGGGCGGGGGGGGGGGGGGAGCUGAGGUACUGGCCUUGGAUGUUCCAUGGGGUGGGGUGGGGAAACAGAGCAGGCUUCCUGUGUGUCUGAGCAGACCUUCCCAGCCAGAAUUCACUCUGCUUGGACAUGGGCUCCCAGAUACCACGAUGCUGAGCCCAGACACCCCGCAUUCUGUGGGACCUGCUAAAUAGUCCUGUCCUGCCCUCAGAGUCCUGGGAUUAAGCCUGCCUCAGUGUUCAUAUUUAUAGCCAAAUGCUUUCUCACCUGUGAGAUGGAAUCAAACUAGGGGGGGUUCAGCCCAGCCCUGUGGAAUGGGGGCCCUCUCUCCCUGACUCUACCAUCACCUCAGCCCUCUCUCCAGCUCUAUUCCAAUCCUCUCCCAACUCCCCUCAACUAUAAAAUGAGGUGCUGCAGCCCCUGGGACAGGCACCCCCAUGAUGGCCCUGGCCCCAGUGAGAGGGAUCAGGAAAUAGCUUGUGGGCAGACUCUGGUCAGGCAUCAUGGGGCUGAACUUUUGUUUUUCCUUUUGUAGAUUUUCAAAGGUGGGGAGGGCAGGGGAAAAAUGAGCCUUUGUUGCUGUCAAACCAAGAACUUAUUUGUACAAUUUUUUUUUCAAUAAAACUUUUCC